GCUAUUAUGCAAAACGUUUUUCAGAUAAAUGUCUAGCAUUACUGAUGCUUUCUGGAAAAACUCUUUGUAUCCUGAAUACAAGAUUUUCUACAAAGGUAGGAAAAAAUGCUUUCAAAAUUCAUUAAGCAAAUAGUUUUCCUCUUCAUGACUGUGUUUGGCACUCUGGGAAAUAUUUAUGUUUCUGUGAAUUAUAUGUUCAGUUGCUUCAGAGGGCCUGAGAAGAAACCUGUACACUUUAUUCUCAUCCAUUUGACUUUUACAAACAUCAUAAUUCUUCUUGCAAAAGGAUUGCCAAAGACAAUGGCAGCUUUUGGUUUGAGAAACUUCUUAAAUGACAUAGAAUGUAAGAUCCUCAUUUACCUGUCAAGGGUGGCCCGUGGGGUCUCCAUCUGCACCAGCGGUCUCCUCACUGUGGUCCAGGCCAUUAUCAUCAGUCCCAGAGCAUCUGAGUGGAGGAGGCUCAGACCAAAGUCUGCAUGGCACAUCCUUCCAUUCUUUUCGUUCUUUUGGAUACUCAACGCUUUAAUAGGUAUGAACCUAAUCCAUUCCAUCACAGGUAUAAGCUUGAAUAUAUCACAGCUUAAUAAUAAAGAUGACUAUUGUUAUUUUAUGCUAGAAAGUAAGACUACAAAAUGGAUAGUUCUUCCCUUUAUGGUCCUGAGAGAUGCUGUAUUUCAGGGAGUCAUGGGAGCGGCCAGUGGCUACAUGGUACUUCUUCUCCACAAGCACCACCAGCAUGUCCUCUACUUUCAGAACUCCAAGCUUCUCUAUAGAACUCCCCCUGAGCUGAGAGCUGCUCAGAGUGUCCUCCUUCUGAUGCUCUGUUUUGUUUUCUUUUAUUGGACUGACUGUGCUUUUUCUCUACUUUUAAGUCUCUCUUUAGCAGAUAAAUCUGUGACGGGAAAUAUUCAAAAAUUUCUGGCCCUUGGUUAUGCAACCUUUAGCCCCUUUGUGCUGAUUCACAGGGAUUGA